AUGGCGGAUAAUAUCCCACUGGGACUGUUGGAAGCUUGUGUAGUUCUAGGACCAUCCAGUGAUCGUCUGAAGGAGCUUUGUGAGGCUCAGUUGCAAGCUAAAGUAAAGGAGCUUCCAAUUUUGGAGGCAGAGGUGCUGCAGGUUCAUGCUCCUCCAUUUGUGAAUAAGGAGAGUGCGAGUGACGAACACACUCCGGCCUUCAGUCGAGUCCACAGGAGACGCUCCUUUUUGAAGAAGAAGAGGGACAGACCAGCCAAUUCCUCUAGCAAUGAGUCCAAAACCCUGGCCAGCGAUCCUAGUGUGCCUAAAGACAUUGACCUCAUUGCCCUGCCUCAGCUCUGUUUUCCAGGUGGGUUGAGAGUAGUCAGUGAGAUUAAGGAAGACUCUUAUCACUUCCUGGUGUUCACGGACGUCUUUGGGAACCAAACACAUGGCGUAGUGGUUCAGUAUUGCAAACCCAUACAGUUUUCUUUAGACAGGACAGUAUUUAAAAAUGGCCACCUUUCAUCCAAACCCCCACGGCUGUACACUUUCUAUGGCAUCUGUGUUAUCUCCAAACACCCUUACUACAACGCUCUCAGAGACUGCCUAUCCUCAUUCCUGCUUCAGCUAAAGACUUGCCGCAUAUCUGAGUUUGAGGAGCAAGUGAAGGAAUUCUCAGCCAAACUGGCCCUGGUGUCUAUUCCACCGCCUGGUCAGCUGCAAGUGGCCUUCAACCUGAAACCCCUGGAGAUCAUUCUUUCACCCAGAGAAGACAUCGACCAUCCCACUGUAGACCUGGACCUACAUCUACCCUUCCUGUGCUUUAGACCUGAGCAGAUAUUACAGGUGAUCUGUAGCAUCCUGACUGAACAGAAGGUGGUGUUUUUUUCUUCGGACUGGGCAAGGCUCACACUGGUGGCUGAGUGUUUUAUGCUUUUCAUUUACCCGCUGCGCUGGCAGCACCCAUUUGUGCCUGUUCUUUCUCAACAAAUGCUGGACUUCCUAAUGGCUCCUACUGCGUUCCUGAUGGGCUGCCACCAGCAGCACUUUGACGAGGUGGCUACGGAGACAGAUGACCUGAUCCGAAUUGAUAUUGAUAGUGGAACAGUUUCUUCCUUAUGUCCAGAGGACCUGCCAGAUGUGCCGUUAGCUGCCACAGAGUGUUUUAAAAGACGAGUAGCGGGGCUGCAGAUUCACUAUGACUUGGAGUUGUGCCGACAGGGCAGCAGCACAGAUGUGACUCAAGUGCGGGAGCACAGGAGGCAGUGGCAACGACAGCUCAACUCAGAGAUACUUAAUAUCACUCUUGAGUUAAUUGUCAACAUCUUCAGGGAGGUUCAUGAUCACUUAAACUAUGAGCACCGGGUUUUCAACAGUGAGGAAUUUCUCAGGUCCCAAGAGCCAGAAGAUCAACUGUUUUACCGGAAGGUUUUAGACACGCACAUAUUCCACUCUUUUCUGCGGGAUCGUCUCAAUAGAAAGAUGGAUGCCUUUGCACGCAUGGAGUUAAAUACUCGUUCAGAAGCAUACAGGCUGAGGACCAUGUCAGAGUCUCCACGGAGGCCCAUAAUGGAAGAGAUGUCACGCAAGCACCCUGAUAUUCGGUUACGUAAAAAGCUGGGCAUGAGUCUUCCCAACCUAGUGGAGGAGUGUUCUCUAAAGGGUCCCUUCCGCCAGCUCUCCUUUCAAAAGUGUAACAUAGGAACCACGUCGAAGACAGAUUUCCAAAAGCCAUUUAAGACAUUCAAACUUCCAGAAUUUCCUCCUCCAUUGGCCUAUCAUUAUGUUCAGAACUACUAUUUAGACCUGAUCAACCAGCUGGGCAAAGCCAUCACUACAGCGACCCCUGAGGACUCUGCACUUCUAGCACGUUACUAUUACCUUCGUGGCAUGGUAAAUACUGUUGCUGGGAAAAGGCUGGAUGCUCUGACGGACUUCCAGAGCCUCUACAGGACAGAUACAGACAUCUUCCCAACAGAGCUGGUAACAGCAUUAGCAGACUGUUUAAAGAAAGAAGAGCGGCGAGUGGCAGAGGAGCGGCCUGAGCUGAAACGCCUUAUCAGCCAGGUGAAGAAAAGCCAGGACGGCAAUCGCGAUGGCGGCUCUGUCAAGAAGUUUGAGCUCCCACGCACACACAUGCUUCUGGAUGACUUUGUUCGACGUGUGCAGGAGUCUGGCAUUGUUAAGGAUCUGGGCACCAUCCAGCGCCUGUUCCAAGCUCUUACAGUGGGUCAACAGAAGCAGGUGGACCCUGAGGUCUUCCGUUUCUUCUACACCAUAUGGAAGGAGACUGAGGCUGAAGCUCAGGAUGUGGAUUUGCCUGCUGCCGUGCUGGAGCACCUAGAGGCUAACGAGUGUGUGUACAAGCUAUCCUCAUCUGUAAAGACCAGCCAUGGGGUGGGCAAGAUCGCCAUGACCCAGCGUCGGCUCUUCCUGCUCACUGAGGGACGACCUGGUUAUGUUGAGGUCACCAAGUUCAGAGAUAUUGAGGAAGUGAAGAUAUCAUCUGCUCCUUUACUUCUUCUGAGGAUUCCUUCUUUAAAGAUUAAGACUAGCCUGAGGAAGGAGAGUUUUGAAGCUAACCUGAAAUCUGAGUGUGAUCUUUGGCACCUGAUGAUUAAAGAGAUGUGGGCAGGGAGAAAAAUGGCAGAUGAACACAAGGACCCCCAGUACAUGCAGCAGGCUUUAUCCAAUGCUCUGUUAAUGGAUGCUGUGGUUGGAUGUCUCCAGUCUCAAAAAGCGAUUUAUGCCGCUUCUAAACUGGCCUACUUUGACAUGAUGAAGAGAGAAGUACCAAUGAUGGUCCCCAAAACAACAUCUGAGACCCUAAAGCAUAAAAUCAACCCCUGUCUGGACCUGACCUCUCCUCAAGCUGUGGACAUUCUGUUCUACACUCCAGGAGAACUAGGUGCAGUAGGGUUAGACGGUGGUGGAUAUCCAAAACUUUGGUGUGCUUUGAGUGAUGGAAAGGUGGUGGUGUUUGACGCCGCCAGCUGGUCAAUGCAGCAGAACCGCAUUCAAGUGGGGAGCUCCCGCCUGAAUUGCAUGCUUAGAGUGGAUCAGCAGCAGCUCUGGAUCGGAUCUCAGGACUCAGUCAUUUACAUAAUUAAUCCAAACAGUAUGUCCUGUAAUAAACAGCUAACAGAGCACCGUGCUGAGGUAACCGGCCUCGCCCUGGAGGAAAGACCUGACAAGUUCAGCCAUUUGUUGGCGUACUCAUGCAGUAUAGAUGGUACAGUGAUUGUCUGGGACGUAGCCACACUGCAGAAGAAACGUGACAUUCAUCUAAACUGUAACAGACUGCAGUGUCUUCAGAUCCACGGCGGUAAACUAUGGUGCUGUGCGCAGGAUUGUGUGAUGGAGGUGCUCCGGACUGGCACAGUGCACCGCAGGAUGUCUCUUCCCAAUCACCCGCAGGGAUUAUCAAGCUCUUACAGCAGCUUUUUGGUGUUUAAUGAGAGAAUGCAGAUAUGGACCAGCUGUGCAGACACCGGUGAGUUGUGUGUGUGGCACCUUAGUGACCUGAAGAGGCCAUUCCAGAGAAUCCAGCUGCCUGACUGCGCUGGUGUCAACAGCAUGAUUAAAGUCAAGAACCAGAUUUGGGUGGGUGGCCACAGUCAGAAUGGUGGAAAAUCUCGGGGAAAGAUCUAUGUGUUGGACAUGGAGCGCCACCUGGUGGAGAAGGAGCUGCAGGCACAUUCGGAUGCUGUACAGACCCUGUGUUCAGCAGAGGACCGUUACGUUCUCAGUGGUGCUGCUGCUCUGGAUGGAAAGAUUGCUAUCUGGAAAGUGGAGUAGUAUCAAGAGUGAAUUAUGGGUUCCUCCUAAAGAAGCACUUUAGCUUUACUGCGUUACACAUGUGAGCUCAAUAACCGUUUUACCAUCUGUGGUUAUCAGCAGACGUGUUAUGGGUAAAGGAGUCUGAAUUAAUAGAAUGAAAUGGGAUUAUGAUUAUAAAUAUUGGGAGGUUUUUAUAUUAGUCUUAUGAAAGACAUAUUUUAAAAAGGCACACACAAAUACCGUACAUAUAAAUGUUUAUAUGAUGUUUUUACUUGUUUUUAAUCUAAUCUAUAUGUAAGCAUUUUCUUCCUCACUUUUUACUAUUAUCAGUAUUUAUUUAUCAUUAUAUCCAGUACUUACUGCCCUAUCUGUACCUAAUGUGUUGUUUCAUGCCAUAGAUAUGAAACUAUAUCAUGUUUGUAAAUGAUUUUAUUUCUUCUAUGCUGGUAUAUAUAUAUUAAGGUGUCAUGUUAUAUAAUAUAAAUAUGUU